GUACGCUGACCCAAGAUGGCGGGGCCCGGGAUGGAGAACCACAUUCAAGAUGUCGGCUUCCGGCUUUCCCGGCAGCGUCGCGCGGGGCCGCGGGGCCACGCCCACUUCCGGCCCCUUUGCUGCGGCAUGGCUGCGUUGGGGAUUUGGCUGUCCAGAGGUGUCCGGAGGUUGCACUGCAGUGCAGCGGCCCGGGCCGGCAGCCGGUGGCGACUCGAGCAGGGACUGGCUGCCAACCCUUCCGGCUAUGGGCCCCUCACGGAGCUUCCUGACUGGUCUUUCGCCGAUGGCCGCCCUGCUCCCCCAAUGAAAGGCCAGCUUCGAAGAAAAGUUCAAAGGGAAAAGCUUGCAAGGCGAGUUGUACUGCUGACACAGGAAAUGGAUGCUGGAUUACAGGCAUGGAAGCUGAGGCAACAGAAGUUGGAGGAAGAAAGGAAGCAGGAAAAUGGUCUUAAACCCAAAGGGAUUUUACUGAGAAGUCCACUUCCACAUCAAUAAAAAAACAGCUCCAUUCCCGCUUUCCCAGA